AUGGCAGUAAUCGCUUCAACAUCCGACGAUUAUUACGCAAACUACGCAUUUAAUUCAUCGGAUCCAUCAAAUUCAACGAUUCGUGUUCCAAAAAAUUCGACCGAAAAUCGUCGAUUGAAAUAUGGGCAUGCCGAAGAUGACAAUUCCGAUAUCGCUUAUUUGAAUUUUUCGAUUUUAAUUCCAUCGAUUUUAUUCACAACAAUAUCGGUUGCUUGUUUCAUUGGUGAGUCUAAAAAAACUAUUUUUAUUUCAAAAUAAAAAAAACUUUUUUGAAAAAAUAAAAGUAAAACAACGAUACUCCGCAUUGACAUAUCAUGUUUUUCAGCCGCGGUUGCAUUUUCUUUGAAAACCGAUUAUUUACCGAAUGAACAAGAGUUGGCACGUGGAUUUAUUGUUUCUUAUGGAAGUAGUCGAUUCAGGUGUAAUGUGAGUUUUUUGGGGAUUAUCUAAAAAAAACGUUGACAAGGGUUGCUACGUAGCAAAAUUCUAAAACUUUGUCAAAAAACCCACGUGACCUAGUGUUUUUUGAAGUUUAAAAAACAAUAUGAUUUUUUUCCUUCAGAACACUCUUCCAAUUCCUUCAAAUGGUCUUCCAUCAAUUCUAAAUCUCUUUGAAUUAAAUGUCAUCGGAAAUGUUUUAUUUCGAUAUUCCACGUGUAUUCCAAUUAUUAUUCGAAUUUUCCACAGUUUCACCAUAAAAAAUUUGGUGCAACACGAUUUUGGAGCCGAAUUUUCGAGUGUUCAUAAAUUGCUAGCCGAUUCAAUGCCAAUGUUUUGCGGUUUGGAAGCGUUGACUCUGGCACUUUUCAGUAUUAUUACUGUUCAUGAGGAUUUUCCAGGUUUGGUUUUGGGAAAAACAUUAAUAAGCGAUGUGGUAUUGCUCAUGUUAGACUGUAGAAUUUUGAUGAAAAAAUUACCAAAACAUCGAAUGUUUUUUGCAGAAGCCAAUCGGUUAUUCAAAAUAAUUUUCUCAAUGUCUUCAAUUGUCAAUAUGCUUUCAACAACAAUUGUAAUAUUUCCAUUUUCCUCAAAAAGUCCAGCAAAAAUCGAUAAUUUCUCAAUUUGCCUCAAAAUUUGUGCCACUUUUUUAUAUUCCUAUUUUAUGCCACAAUAUAUUCAAUAUCAUCAAGCUUCAAUUACUUUUCCAAUUUGUCAUUCUUAUUGUGAGUUUUUUUUUGGGGUUUUGGAGGAUCUUUAUGUUGAAUACUUUCCACGUGGAAAAUAAUCUAGACCACUCUAAACAAUUCACAGUAAGUCGCUUUAUUCAAGAAAAUGUUCUUAUCAUAAAAAAUGACUGAUUUCUGCAAAAAAUAUUUCACAAUAAUUUCGAAUAUGAAAAAUUACAAAAAAUGAUUAUUCAACCUGGGGAGCUCCCGCAUAUGGCAACAAAAAAUCGAAUAAAAACAGCUUUAUUUUCCGCAAUAUCAAUCCAUUGUUCAAAUUCUCUCAAACUCGUUCCACCAACCAAAUUUUGAAUCGAAACCGCCAACAUUUUUCGUUGUUCAAUUUGAAGAUUUUCAUAAAUUCUCAUAUAAUCGAUAAAUUCUUCUCGAUUUUGUUGAAUUGCAAAUUGUGCAACCAAUCCAGCCAAAAUUCCAAAUGGUCCAAAUAAUAUUCCACCACCCAAACCCCAAAAAAUUGUUUGGCGAUUGAAUGGAAGUUGAAAACCACGCUGGAAAAUUCGAUUUUUGGCAGAAUUUCUCACAUUUUGAAUCGCAUUUAUUUUUAAACCCUUUUUUUUUUAAACCCAUCCAGACUUUUCGGGAAAAAUUAUUUUUUCAUCAAAAUACUGACCUGAAAUUCUUCUUCAUUUUGAACAUGUCUUAGAACGCUGUGUAAAUAUUCUUGAAGCAUUUUUCUAAAUAUUUAAAAAAUGAUAAUCAAAUUUUUGAGAUUCUUUUUAUGGGGAAUUUUUUUUUUUGGAAAUAUGACUAAUUUGAGAUAAGAACAAACUAUUUUUUAAUCAAAUUUUUAAUUCGAAAAAGAAAAGUUGGAAAAUGAGAAAGUUUUUCUCUUAAGUUUUCAUGCUAAAAUUCUACUUUUUUAAUAAAAUCCACGUGGUUCUGUAAUAUUCCCACCAAAUUAUAUUUUCUUUUUCCAGUGCCUCGCGCCUUUGCCUAUAUGGAAUACACAAUAAUCCUUUCCUAUGCCAUUUUCCAUCUUUCAACCCUAAUCGAUCUUCGCCACAUUUCAUUCAUUUGUUAUCCGCGAAGUUCAAGCGGUGAAUGUGAACCAUUGGACCCAAAAAACUUCGAAAUCGGUGCAAAAUAUCAACAUUGUCGAGCUUUCGAAUUCAAUCAAAGACGAAUUAUGAGUUUGUAA